CUAGACCUUUCUCCAUGGGUUGGACCACCAUUUUCUCAGCCUAUAUAUAGGACACCAUGUCAUUCCCUUGUACAAAAAAAUUAUUCGAUAAAGUUCCAAAGCCAGAGGUCCAAUAUAAUACUUUGCUCACUUGCAUAAAAUUUUGAAAGCAGAGAUGGAUGAAGCAAACAGAUUGAGUACAUGGGAAGGGUAUGUAGACUGGAAGAAUGGACCUGCCCUGAGAGGUCGCCAUGGCGGCAUGCUUGCUGCCUCUUUCGUGCUUGUCGUGGAGGUCCUAGAGAAUCUGGCAUACCUGGCGAAUGCAAGCAACCUUGUGCUGUACUUGUCCAAGUUCAUGCAUUUUUCUCCGUCCAGCUCCGCCAACAUUGUUACCAAUUUUAUGGGAACAGCCUUCCUCCUUGCUCUACUUGGUGGGUUUCUGGCAGAUGCAUUUUUCACCACCUAUCGAAUCUAUUUGAUAAGUGCUCUAAUAGAAUUCAUGGGCUUGUUAGUACUCACACUCCAAGCUCGCUUCCCUUCGCUGAAACCACCACCAUGUGUUCCAGGAGACACAGUCAUCUCAUGUGAAGAGGUUGAUGGACUGAAAAAGAUGAUGUUAUUUGCAGGCCUCUAUUUAGUGGCACUGGGUGUUGGAGGAAUAAAAGGUUCGCUUCCCCCACAUGGUGCUGAGCAGUUUGAUGAAACUACCCCACAAGGAAGAAAGCAGCGAUCUGCAUUUUUUAAUUACUAUGUCUUCUGUCUCUCCUGUGGGGCUCUCAUAGCAGUGACUUUUGUUGUAUGGAUUGAAGACAACAAAGGAUGGCAAUGGGGUUUUGGGAUCUCCACUGCAACUAUACUUCUCUCCAUCCCAAUUUUUCUCCUUGGAUCCCCAACUUAUAGGUGCAAAGUUCCCAAGGGAAGCCCCAUCACAACCAUUUUAAAGGUUAUCGUCGCAGCAAUUUAUAACGUCUGCAAACCUGGGAGUCCUAGCAAUGCUGUGACGGGCAUGGACACAAGCUCAUCAUACACCACUGAGACCAGCGAGGGAGAGGAUAAUCAUGCUAAAAGGGGGGCACCAAGUCAGGAAAAUUUGAUGUUUCUCGAUAGAGCAGUGAUGAACAAGAAUGUAAACCCAAAGCUUCAAUGCACAGCAAAGGAAGUAGAAGAAGUUAAGAUAGUGCUAAGGAUAUUACCCAUCUUCAUGUCUACCAUAAUGUUAAACUGCUGCCUCGCUCAACUCUCAACCUUCUCUGUCCAACAAGCGUCAACCAUGAACACCAAGCUUGGUUCCUUGAAAGUCCCACCAGCUUCUCUCCCUGUCUUCCCUGUCAUCUUCAUCAUGAUCCUGGCACCAAUUUAUAACCAUAUAAUCGCUCCAUUUGCGAGGAAAAUUACAAAAUCUGAAAUGGGUAUCACUCAUUUGCAAAGAAUGGGGACAGGACUAUUCCUCUCCAUUGUAGCAAUGGCAGUGGCAGCUCUAGUAGAAAUCAAGAGAAAGAGAGUGGUUGCCAACUAUGAACUAACAGAUUCAGCAGAACCUCUACCCACCACAUUUCUUUGGAUCGCCUGGCAGUACUUGUUCCUUGGAUCAGCUGAUCUUUUCACCUUAGCUGGAAUGAUGGAGUUCUUCUUCACAGAAGCGCCUUUAAGCAUGAGAUCAUUAGCUACGUCUCUGUCCUGGGCCUCACUGGCCAUGGGAUAUUACCUGAGUUCAGUGCUUGUGUCGAUAGUGAAUGCUGUGACUGGUGCAUGCAGACACACGCCAUGGCUGUUCGGAAACAACUUGAAUCAUUAUCACCUUGAGAGGUUUUACUGGUUGAUGUGCACAUUGAGUGGAUUGAACUUCUUGCACUAUUUAUUCUGGGCUUGCCGCUACAAAUACAAAUGAAAAAAGCCUGCAAAUUUAAAUC